AUGCGUUUGAGCUGCCUCCAUAGAAGGCUUCAAUUUGGCCGUCUCUUUUCCACCGUAACAGGUAGCCAUGGUGACCGUAGGUGGCCAGGAUGGGAGGUGGUGGUGGGCUUAGAAGUACACGCGCAAAUAAAAUCACGGUCGAAGUUAUUCUCCAGUAAGCUCUGGACAUCUGAUCCUAGUGAACCGCCGAACACGUCUGUGUCUGCAUACGACGCAGCGUUCCCUGGGACAUUACCGAGAUUAAAUCCGAAGUCCGUUGACCUUGUGUUGAGGACAGCGAUAGCGCUGCAUUCCGAGAUACAGCGACGUUCUGCUUUCGAUAGAAAGCAUUACUUCUAUGCCGAUCUACCCGCUGGUUAUCAGAUAACACAGCACUAUGCGCCUAUUGCGACAGGCGGCCAUCUCGAUCUAGCGGCAGGUCGUUCUGUCCGCAUAAAACAGAUACAGAUAGAACAGGACACUGGAAAAUCAACGUAUGAUGCUAGAAGACGAGUAUCGUUGAUUGACCUUAACAGGGCGGGUACAGGACUCAUGGAAAUCGUCUCCGAGCCAGAUAUGCGCUCUCCCGAGGAAGCUGGGACGUACUUGCGGACGCUGCAGGCACUCCUGCGUUCCGUCGGAUCGAGCGACGGAAACAUGGAGCAGGGCUCCCUUCGCUGCGACGUGAACGUCUCGGUCAACAAACCAGGCGAGCCCCUGGGGACGCGCUGCGAGAUCAAGAACCUCAACAGCGUGAAAUUCAUGCAGGUCGCAAUCGCAUGCGAAGUCUUUCGCCAAAUCGAGCUCCUCGAGAAAGGGGAGGCCGUGCAGCAGGAGACGCGCGGGUUCGACGAAGCCGCUGCGCGGACGUUCUCCUUGCGCAGCAAAGAGGACGCGCCUGACUAUCGGUACAUGCCCGACCCAAAUCUACCGCCAUUGCUCCUGGAGCAGGCAUACAUAGACCGGAUACGCUCCACGAUGCCCGAGCUUCCCGACGCGACGCGAGCGCGGCUCAUCUGCCAGGGCCUCACGUCGCGAGAUGCGGAUGUGCUGAUGUCUGUGGACGCUGGUCGGGAAGUCGGCUUCGACGGACAGCUUGGAGAAGGCGCGGUAGCGUUGACCCAUGAUUUGCUGGGACAGUUGACGGCGAGAAACUUGACGUUCAAAGAGAACCCCAUCUCUACCGGCCAAUUAGGGGAUCUGAUUGAUUUGGUUCAGAAGGGCCUUUUGACGGGAACGUCGGGGAAGACCCUUCUCCGCUACAUGCUCGACCAUCGAACACAAGAAAUGCCCUCACAACUUGCGCGCGAUAUGUCGCUGCUCGCUCUUCCCGCGGACGCGGACAAUGGCACAUCGGAACUGGAAGGCUGGUGCCGGGAGGCUAUGGAUGCACUGCCGUCAGAAACCGCAGCGGCGAGACAAGGGAACCGGAAUGUGGUAAAUAAGCUCGUUGGUCGGGUGAUGAAGAUUAGUCGAGGGAGGGCUAAUGCACUGAAAGCGAAGGAAGUUAUUGAGAGUAUGCUACGUGCUUAA